AUGCCGCCCGGACGACCCCCAGGCGCUCAUGGAUCUCUGCGGGUGCGCGACGUAGCCCUCCUCUUCACCUUGGGUUUCGCUCCCCUCGCCGCGGCCGCUCUGCAGCAGCAGCCGUACAUAUCACCUGAGCAACAUUCGACCGACGGAUUGGCCAAUGCGGCCUCGUCGGUAGAACAGCGAUGGCACGCAUCCGUGGCCGACUCGCUGCAUACACCGCUCAGCGGACAACGCGGCUUCCGUGAUACGGAUGCCAAUGUAAACAACAAAGACAAUUCCGCGCGGACUCCAAUCAACCAGCGCGCCCUUGCGACUGUGUCCUCCCCGUCCGAGUCUCACUCGGCGAGUGGACAGCCUCCUGCCCAAUGGUCGGCCACGACGAGUGCUGGCCUCACGCGACGAACGGCGCGGUCUCUGCAGGACUGGCAAGUCGAGGACAUUAUGCUCCUGGCGACGGUUGACGGAAAGCUCCACGCACUAGAGAGAGCCACUGGUCAUCCAAGAUGGGUCUUGGAGACAGACAGAGAGAUGGUUGAGACUACACGACACCGCCGACAGAACAAGACUGUCGAUGAGCAAGGGGUGGAGCAGGAAGAUCCGCUAUUCAUCGUCGAGCCCAGCCAGGAUGGUAGCAUAUACUUGCUGGCUCCAGGCUUCGGCCUUCGAAAGCUGGACUAUACUGUCAGACAGUUGGCAGAACUGUCACCAUAUGCAGGAGAUGGAUUCCCCGCGGUUGCCUACACCGCCGAAAAGAAGAACACACUUUAUACUGUCGAUGCUGCCACUGGCAACAUCCUCAAGUCUUUCAGCUCUGCUGGAUCUAUUGUCAAUGAUGACAGGAGUUGCAGACGAGCGAGCCCACUGGACGUCGAGGCCAACGAAUGCGAGCCCAUCGGCACUCUGACAGUCGGCAGGACUGAAUACACCAUUGGAGUGCAGGACAGGAACACCGGUGAGCCAAUCAGCACCAUCAGAUAUUUCGAAUGGGGCCCCAACAACCGAGACCAAGAUCUCCGCAAUAAGUACAAGGAGACAAUGGAUCACAAGUAUGUCUACUCCAAAUACGACGGAGAGAUUCAAUGUAUGGACUACAGCCGGUCGAAAUACCACACUGCUCUCAAGCCCAAGUACAGGCAGAAGCUUUCAUCCCCUGUUGCGAGGGUAUUCGAUGUCGUCCGGCCAACAGACGACCUGUCCAGCGAUGCUUCUCUUGUCAUCCUCCCUCAGCCUGUUGGACCCAGUGGCGCCGAGUUGGACGAUGAAGUUGAGAGCGUGUGGGUUGAUUGCACAAAGGCUGGCAACUGGUAUGCGUUGUCAGAGAAGAAAUACCCAACUGUCACCGAAAAGGCACCCGCAGCAAGGUACCUUGAGGCUGGAGACUCCAGACACCUUCGUCUUGAACGCAAGCACUUUGCAGGUGUCCACUACCUGAGCCUCAGUGAACAGUAUACCGGGUCGAACCAGGUUGAUGGAGGUGGCAUGAUGACCAUCGAUGGCCCGCCGGUAGAUACGGACAUUGAGAAAGCGACUCCAAGAAGGGAGAAGACUGAUCACUUCUCGAUAUUGCAGACACUGGUCGUUUUGGCAAUCAUGGGUCUAUGUGGUGCUGGCUUCAUGUAUCAGCAGCAGCUUGGACUGUCGCCGUUGAACAUGAAGCAAAUGUUCAAAGCUCCAGAAGUUGCUGUGCCUGUGGGAGAAGACGUUCCAGAGAUUCAAGUCGAGGAUGUGAAGAUCCGUGAGGCAGAGCCUGCCAAGGAGACGAUUUUCCCACAGGACACCAAACCUUCACCACAAGUCCGAUUUGCAGAGUCAGUGAAGGUGGACGAGAAGCUUGACGAAGCUGUUGCGGAAGGUGAAGAUAAAGUGGAAGAUGGAGGUGAACCUAAGAAGAGGAAAGCGACACGAGGCAAGCGUGCUGGCCGUAAGCAGAAGGAGAAAGAAGCAGCACAAGCGGAGGCUCGCGCGAAGAAGACUGGAACCAUCACCCAAGCAGCAGAGGUCAUAACGGUCGCCGAUUCUGAGAGUCCUCAGGUCACUGGACCGCUGCAGAUCAACAGCCUUAUCAUCAACACCGACAGCGUGAUCGGACAAGGAAGUUGCGGCACCAUCGUCUUCACAGGCUCAUUUGAAGGUCGCGAAGUUGCUGUCAAGCGAAUGUUGGCCCAAUACUACGAAUUGGCUUCACAAGAAGUGUCGUUCUUGCAGCAAAGCGAUGACCAUCCGAAUGUCGUCCGAUACUUUUGCCAGCAGAAGGACAACCACUUUCUGUACAUCGCCGUAGAGUUGUGUCAGGCAAGUCUGUUUGAGGUCUGGGAAGCUGAGAACGCCAAGACGGAGGAGCGACGACAGCGAUUGCGAGCGUUGAAGAUCACGAUGCAACAGAACAUGACCAAGACUUUGCAUCAACUCGCUGCCGGCCUGUGCCAUUUGCACAACCUCCGCAUCAUCCAUCGCGACAUCAAACCACAGAACAUCUUGGUUGCCUACCCCAAGAAGACCCAGCAACCAAACGAUACUCGUCUGGUGAUCUCCGACUUCGGCCUUGGUAAGAACCUGCCCGAGAAUGUCAGUACACUCGUCGACCCGACUGGUAAUGCGGGCACAUCUGGCUGGAAAGCGCCCGAGUUGAUCAGCCAGCCCAAAGAGACGACCAGCAACAACACCCACAGCACGUCCAAUGGCAGCGAGAGCGGCACACUUGGCUUCAGUGGCGUCAAGCGCGCGGCAGACAUCUUCUCGCUUGGCUGUCUCUUCUUCUGGGCGUUGACCGAUGGUGUGCAUCCCUACGAAGACGCGCAAGGCUGGCCACAGCUUCGCGAAUACAACAUCAAGCAGGGUAAGAAGAAUAUGGAGGCGCUUCAGCAGUGGUACGACGCGUAUGAGCCCAUGCAGUUGAUAUCAUCAAUGCUGGCGCAUCAGCCAGAGAACCGACCAACCGCCCAAGCCGUGCUCAACCAUCCGUACUUUUGGACACCCGAGAAGCGCCUGGCUUUCCUGUGCGAUGUGUCUGACCAUUUCGAGAGAGAGCCACGUGGCACUUACGACGACGGAUACGCUGGCGACUCACUGCAUCUUCAUAUGCUCGAACAGCGGGCUGUGGAAGUGAUCGGCGAGCCCUGUGAUUUCCUCGGCAAACUCGACCGAUCGUUCGUCGAUACACUGGGCAGGCAACGCAAGUACAGCGGCAACAGGCUCCUUGAUCUCUUGAGGGCGCUUCGAAAUAAGAAGAACCAUUAUGAGGACAUGCCAGAGGAUGUCAAGAAGCGGGUUGGUCCGCUACCUGGCGGCUAUCUCAACUACUGGAGCCAUAGGUUCCCGAAGCUGCUGAUGACUUGUUAUCAGGUGGUUCAUGACUUGAAUGUGCAAGGCAAUGAUCGAUUCAAGGGGUAUUCUGAGCUUGGUAGUUCGUAA